UGAAAUAAAUUUUAAAAUCCCCCCUGAAUUCCAGACUCCCGCCUCUUUAAAUUCACGCCUGUCUCACACAUUUUGCAUUUCAAAUCAAAAUCUCUCUCUCUCUCUUAAACAAAUUACUAUUAACAAACACUAAAAGUCUAAAAGUUGAAGUUUCUUCUACUGCAAGUCAGCGAAGAUGAUGGCCGCACUCAAAGCUGAAGAGCAAAACCAUCUACAGCUUAUGGAGCGAGAAGAAAUGGAUGGCGAAGACGACUUGUUCGAAGCAAUCGAAAAGUUGAUCAAUCAAGGCAUCAAUGCUGGAGAUGUCAAGAAGCUUCAAGAUGCAGGUAUUUACACCUGCAAUGGCUUGAUGAUGUUCACGAAGAAGCACUUGACUGGAAUCAAAGGAUUGUCCGAGGCUAAAGUUGAUAAGAUUUGUGAAGCUGCUGAAAAGAUAGUAAAUUAUGGUUAUAUAACCGGAAGUGAUGCUCUGCUCAAAAGGAAAUCUGUGAUUCGCAUCACAACUGGAAGUCAAGCCCUGGAUGAACUCUUAGGGGGUGGGAUUGAAACUUCGGCUAUCACAGAAGCUUUUGGGGAAUUCCGAUCCGGGAAGACACAGCUCGCUCAUACUCUUUGCGUCUCUACACAGCUUCCUACACAAAUGCAUGGUGGAAAUGGAAAGGUUGCUUACAUUGAUACUGAAGGAACUUUCCGACCUGAUAGAAUUGUCCCUAUAGCUGAAAGAUUUGGAAUGGACCCAGGAGCUGUCCUUGACAAUAUCAUUUAUGCCCGUGCAUAUACUUAUGAGCAUCAAUACAACUUGCUUCUUGGUCUGGCUGCAAAAAUGUCUGAAGAGCCGUACAGACUUCUGAUUGUUGAUUCUGUUAUCGCUCUCUUUCGGGUGGAUUUUACUGGAAGGGGAGAGCUUGCAGAGCGUCAGCAAAAAUUGGCACAGAUGCUGUCUCGGUUGAUAAAGAUAGCUGAGGAAUUUAACGUUGCAGUCUACAUGACCAACCAAGUCAUAGCUGACCCAGGUGGAGGAAUGUUCAUAUCAGAUCCGAAAAAACCAGCAGGAGGGCAUGUGCUUGCCCAUGCAGCCACUAUCAGGUUGAUGUUCAGGAAAGGCAAAGGUGAACAGCGGGUAUGCAAGGUGUUCGAUGCCCCAAAUUUGCCUGAGGCUGAAGCAGUAUUUCAGAUAACAUCAGGAGGCAUUGCAGAUGCAAAGGACUAGAAAAAUGACACUGCUAGAGGUGCUUCUGCGGAGCUAUAGGAGUUGGAAGUAGUAAAAUAUCUCAUUUUUCCUGCUAUACUCGUAGAUUUGUUAUAUGCGUGCUUCUGCUGGAGAAAUGCCAUUGACAGUAUUCAACUUAUCUGUAUGCUGUUUUAAAUGGUUUUCUCAUGGCUGUUCUUGUCGUUUUGUUUUGCGAACCACAUGGCCGCUCUUGUCCAUGCUUCGAAUUUCCUAACCUCUUUGAUAGCAGCAUUCGUUGAAAACUAA